AUGGAUACGAACAUCCGUGAAUGUAUAUGGACAUCGAAUGUCCUAUAUCCGUUGUGCGAUAUGCUAAUGCGAGAUGCACCCCUAGGUAUUGUAUCACAGAGCCCUAACAUAAUGGAUCUUGUUAAGUGCGAUGAUGCAACACUGUUGUAUAAAAACAAGGUAUGGAGAUUAGGGGUAACACCAAGUGAAUCCCAAAUAAGAGAGAUAACUUUGUGGCUCUCUGAAUGUCACAAGGAUCCCAUAGGUUUAAGUACAUAUAGCUUGUCUAAUACAGGCUUCCCAGGGGCUACUACUCUUGGUGAUACAACUUGUGGAAUGGCAGUUGUCAGAAUAUCUUCCAAAGAUAUAGUUUUCUGGUUCCGAUCUCACACAACCACAGAAAUUCGAUGGGGUGGUGCAAAGCAUGAACCUGGUGAAAGGGAUGAUGGUAGCAGGAUGCAUCCAAUAUCUUCAUUUAAGGCUUUCCUUGAAGUUGUGAAGACAAGAAGUUUGCCCUGGAAGGAUUAUGAAAUGGACAUCAUUCAUUCAUUGCAACUAAUACUGAGAAAUGCAUUCAAAGACAACGAGAGUAUGGAGAUAAGCACAUAUGCUAUCAAUACAAGAUUAAGUGAUUUGAAAAUCGAAGGGAUGCAAGAACGGGAAGUAGUGACUAGUGAGAUGGUAAGGUUUAUUGAAACAGCAACAGUACCAAACAGAUGUCCCAAAAGAAGGAAGGAAUUCGAAACAGAAAUGGAGAAUGGUAGGAGGAAGAAACAGACACGGAGACAAACAGAGAACGUGAGAGUAGGGGGUGGGACUGCGAGUGAAAAUGAGAAGGAGGUGUAG